AGAAAUGAAAAAGAAGUUGAAGAGACUUAUCGAAAACAGGAACCAACAUCUCCCGUUGUUGAAAAAGACAGAGAAGCCCGAUGCCUACUCCCAGCAACACAAACCCCAGCCUGAAUGCACACGCCUUGGGUCCAGCCGGGCCUACCAGCAGCAGCAGAACUGUGGCUCGGGCAAAGGCACCCUGCCCAAGCUGGAUACUAAGCCCUUGGUUGUAAACAAUGUCAAGUACCAUCACCUGUCCGAAAGCAUCCUGCCCAACAUCACCAGCAAGGGCCUGCAGAACAUCUGUGAUGGGCAGCUUUCAGGUACUAGGCACCAGGAAAGCUUCCAGGAUGAGAGAUCACAGAGCUCCACAGUGGAGAGUCUGCCAGAGUCCAUCAACAGGAAGAACAAUCAGGAGCAGGAGAGGAAUAUUGAGGGACACAAUCUGCCCAUGUCUCCUGCAGAGGUCCUGAAGGCGUUCAAAGAUCGUCUGACUGAACAUGAGCAGGAGGAGGUCAUGGACUACUCCGAGGUCUGGUACCUGGGCCUGGAUGCCAAGAAGAUGGAGGGUUCCCCCAGCCUGCCCCAUAACUCUGGCUACGACGAUGAGAGCGGAGGCUAUCUGAAGGUCGCGCAUGACCACAUAGGCUUCCGGUUUGAGGUGCUGGAGGUGAUCGGGAAAGGAUCCUUCGGACAGGUCCUGAAGUGCCUGGAUCACAAGACCAAUGAACUUGUCGCCAUCAAGGUCAUUCGCAACAAGAAAAGGUUCCACCACCAGGCCAUGGUGGAGUUGAAGAUCCUGGAUGCGUUGAGAAGGAAGGACAGAGACAACAAACACAACGUCAUUCACAUGAAGGAGCACUUCUACUUCCGGAACCAUCUCUGCAUCUCCUUCGAGCUCCUGGGAGUGAACCUGUACGAACUUAUCAAGAAGAACAAAUUCCAGGGCUUCAGCCAGAUCCUGGUGCGCCGCUUUGCCUACUCCCUCCUCAAGUGCCUGCAGAUGCUGCACAAAGAGAAGAUCAUCCACUGUGACCUGAAACCGGAAAACAUCCUUCUGUCACACAAAGGCCAAGGCAACAUCAAGGUCAUUGACUUUGGCUCCAGCUGCUAUGAGCAGCAGAGAGUUUACACCUACAUCCAGAGCCGCUUCUACCGUUCCCCAGAGGUGCUCCUGGGCCAUCCCUACAGCAUGGCCAUCGACAUGUGGAGCUUUGGCUGCAUCCUGGCUGAGCUCUACACUGGCUUCCCCCUCUUUCCUGGGGAGAGUGAGGUGGAGCAGAUUGCCUGCAUCAUGGAGGUGCUGGGAAUGCCUCCAAAUGAUUUCUUAUCGACAGCAACCAGGAAAAGGCAUUUUUUUGAUUCCAAGGGAAACCCCAGGAACAUCACCAACAGCAGGGGGAGAAAGAGACGGCCCAACUCCAAGGAUCUGGCCAGUGUCCUGAAGACCAACGAUCCUGUCUUUCUGGACUUCAUCAAACGCUGUCUCACGUGGGACCCUAAGAAGCGCAUGACGCCCGACGAGGCCAUGCAACAUGAGUGGAUCCAGGAGGCCCGCUCCAACAAGUUUCGGCCCAAGACCCGCACCGUGAGAAGGCCCAGCGAGAGCCUGAGCAACGUGGAGAACAACAAGAUAGAGCAGCACAUUCCCCACAACCCAGCCCUCAUCAACAAGAUAGUUGACAAGGCAUUCUACAGCCCGUUCUCCAACGCCACAGACAGGCCCAAGAGAGAGAACUCUGUGAAGCUGGCGUCCGCCGAGCGCUUGCGUCCGAUCGGGGCUUCGGCUGAGGGCCAGAUGGGUGAGGGCAAGACCAAGAGCACCAGGGCUGUUAGCAGCAGCAAGCAGGAGGUACAUAGGGAGAGAUCAGUCCACAUCGUCAUCAGACCCCGGCUGGAGCACACUGUAGACGCAGACAGGGACAGUCUGGAGCCCCAGCAGGGCCUGUCCCCCAUCACAUGAAGGCCCCAGGGACAGAGGGCUUGGGGCUGGGAGGGGGUUGAGGGGAGGGGGGAUUUAUAGGUCACAUGCAUAGGUCACAUCAGGGUUAAUAUUAUCAGAGGUCUAACAUAAGACACAUAUUAAUAACAUUAAAUGGGGGUCAUUGUUGGAGUGUAUCCUGUUUUGUAGAUGUAGUGGGUCAUGAAUUUGUUAUAUACAGUGGGGCAAAAAAGUAUUUAGUCAGCCACCAAUUGUGCAUGUUCUCCCACUUAAAAAGAUGAGAGAGGCCUGUAAUUUUCAUCAUAUGUACACUUCAACUAUGACAGACAAAAUGAGAAAA